CAUCUGCGCAUGGUCGCACUGGCGGGUGUUUUAUUAAAAAUAAUUUUUGCAAUUCAAAAAAUUUAAUAUAAAAAACGAAAAUGCAGCGCGAGGAAAAGCACUUUGAGAUGACGCUGGACGCCGUCCUGCAGCGCCUGAACGACUUGAAGCUGGCGGUGCUGGCCAUGAUCCAGAAACUGGAGAUGGAAUUCGAGACAAUCAACUGGCCAACGUUUCUGGACAAUUUCGCCAUAAUUUCCAGCCAUUUGACGGGACUAACGAAAAUCCUGGCCAAGGAGCAGUGUCCACCGCUAAGGAACCGCACAGUCCUGCCGCUACUGGUGUCCAUGGAUCGCGACGAGACGUUAAUAGGCAUCACCGAGGGACGCGUGCCGGUCUUCUCGCACGACAUUGUGCCCGACUAUCUGCGAACGCGUCCCGAUCCUCUCACCGAGCAGAAGAUGCAGGCGAACGAACAGAAAGCCGCCAAUCUCACCAACGAUGCGGCCAUGAAGCAGGUCACCCAGUACAACAAGGUUGUCUCUCACGUCCUGGACAUGGUCAGCAAGGCGCGCGAGGAGUGGGAGAUCGAGUCCUCCUCGCGCACCGGCAUCCAACAGACCAGCAGUAUGGCCGACACCCAGCUCCUCGUGGCAGCGGUGGGCAUGGGCAAGGGUCUGAAGAUGACCAACUACGGCCCUGGACCUGGCAUGAUGGUCCCACCCUCGAUUCGCGCCUCCUCGCCCAUGGGCGGUCCUGCCAUGAGUCCCGGCAACGUGCAGCAGCAGCUGGGCAAGGCCCCAUCGGCCGUGAAGACCAACAUCAAGGCGGCCAACCAAGUGCAUCCCUUCUCCCGAUAGACGUCGAACGGAAGUAGCUAAAAUCAUAAUUUGUAUAUUUUGUUGCGUUUCCGAGCAGUACAGAGUAACCGUUCCCGUGUCGGGGAAUGUAUCGUCUUAAUAAAUUAUGCAUUAAUUACACCUAA